AUAUAGUUUAUCAGAUAAUAUUUUAGAGUGUCUAUUUAGAUAAACUAUUCUGCUCAACAAAUGAUGUUUCUCAAAAAUGUUUUAGAUGGCUUCAUACCAAGAGAGCUUGAACGGCCAAGACCUUAUUACGGACUCUUGGAUCAAUGAUUUUAUCCCGGAUUCUGAAAUGUUGAUAGCCGCCGAAGAAUUUUUUGAGUCAUUCUGCUCCGUACAGAGUCCGCAAAUAAUUUCAGACGAUACAGCGUAUAUUCCAGACGGCCCGCAGACCAUUUCAGAAGAAUCGUUCUCUCGAAUGGAUGGUAAGAGUGCUAACUGCAGUCAUUCUUAUUAUACUUUACAUCACUAUUUUCAAGUUUUGCUCUAUAUGUUUUACUAUAUAAUAUUGUUAUAUUAUCAUUUGUAACAUUUGGUAUUUGUUAAUGUUAGGUGUACACGACGAUAAGAUUCUAAAACCUUCAAACAGCGGCAUGUUUGUAAAAAACAAAGCGUAUCCUGACGCCCCGGUUGGUGGUUUCAACAAUUCUGCUGUGUUAAAGGAGAAUGAACCACCACCCAUUAUAGAUCUCACAACAUCCGGGUCACAAGCAAAAAAACAACAAAGCAAACGGGGCAAAGCACCCGUGAAGCGGAAAACUUUCACAGCCCCGGUCCCUUCUAGAGCAAGAGCAAAGCGAUCAAAUGGUGUUUUGUCGUCGGGGGACAGCAACGGUAUUGUGAGAAAUUCCUGCAUCGUAGAUACUCCUGAGCCAAGCACCAGCGCUCGCGACAGUUGGCGAUAUGAAAAUUUAACGGAUCCAUUUAUCUCUUGUCCAAAUGCUCCAAAAAGAAAAGAAAGUUGUAAAAAAUGGUACAGGAGAGAAAAUCAAACAGCAAAAACACCGCACUCAUCGCCGCAAUCGUUAUUUUCAGAAAUUCUGUCUCAACGUGAAGCGGCCAUAUCACCGAUUACCGAUAUAAUGAAAACACAGCGGUCUCCGGAGGGUGGUGAGUCAACAUGCAUGGUGAAUGACAAAACAGAUUUAUGCGACAUUAACUUAGUCCCCGAUACAUCAGAGGCCCAUAUUUUUAAAAGACGAAUAACAUUUGACACACCAGACACAAAUGAUGACGGUAGGGAUCAGGUUGGAAUCUGUCAGGUUCAGAAUGCCUCAUAUCAUCAUGUUCUGCUUGUACGUUCUUGCACUUGUUGGGACGAAAAUACUUACAAUGUAUUGAGUUCUCUUGCACGCUACAACGAUAAAAUGAUGCGUGUAGCCAACUAUUUAAGAUGUUUUGUGCGAGACUCUAUGUUUUUGGCAUUCAACAACCCCAACGAAAUUAGUGUGAUAAAAAUACACGCGGCACAUGAUAAAUAUGAAAGGUUGAUGACUCAUGUCGAUGAGAUUGAAAAAGAGAUGAUGGGUAAAAAUUGACUAUGCAUGAUUGGUGGUGGACAAUCUUAUAAAAACAAAAAAACACCCGUGAAUGUAAGAACAAAAAAAUUAAAACGGGCUAUAAAGAUGUACUUUGCGGCUAGACGGUCUAAAACUGCUAGGAAAAAGAGAAGGCUCCGUUGUAACAAAGCGGUUGAGCCGACCAGCGUGAGCGCUGUACAAACAGCGAACACACCGCAAGCAGAGCGCUUUCACCCACACAACGAGCGGACUAUUCGUCCACCUACAAACAAAUCGUUUUCAACCCCCUGGUUCACAAACUGACAUACCGUGUACAGACAAUGACAACCCAGAACAGUAUGACGUUAGACUUGUGUAUUUAGAAUCUGUUUUUCAGCAACAACGUGACUUUUCAAAUUUUAAUAGCGUUAUGUACACCGAACACUUUAGAUUUGUGAAUCUGGAAACCAUCCGAUCGUUCGUUGACGCUGUUGACGCUAUACACGCAGCCAUACAGACAUUGCUAGAUAGGGUUUUACGGGACGUUGAACCGGGUGAUUUUAUACAGUUGCGUUUAGACGGCGGCGAGACGUUUGACUCAAUUUUUUCAACAAGACAUACUAGAGAGGGUUUUACAGCCGAAACAUUUUUGAACAAUGUCGCUAACGCUCUACAGAGCAACGCGGAGUGCAUAGCCGGUAAUUCCCUUAAACUAGUUGUUAUAGUCGUCAGGAACCGUCGCGGCGGUUCCCGAAGACGCUUGGGGUCCAUAGCGUACAGCAGGAUCAUCGACCGUAAAAAACAGCAUUUGUACGACUUUAACAAUUACGAUGAUAACGUUUGCUUGGCCGCUAGUGUGUACGCUAUUUUGGAUGGCACUGAUGCAAGCGACGACGUGUUGUUAAAGAAAGCGCGUCAACUGCAUAGUGCUUUACAAAUACCGGAAGGACAUUUAGUUUCUUUUAACGAUAUUGUAAUGUUUGAAAAAUAUUUAAACAUUACAAUUAAAGUUUUGUACCACAAUAGAGGUCAUUGGCGUUAUUAUCAUACGGGUAAUACCAAUAGAGACAAGAUUGUCUACAUAUUACACCAUGAAACGCAUUAUUACGGUAUAAAAAAUAUAAAAGCGUUUAUUGGCGCCAACUUUUUCUGCGAUAUGUGUUGUUCUGUAUACAGCCAUAAAUAUAACCACGACUGUGUUCAGUUUUGCAAAGCAUGUCACCGUCCAGACUGCAUUGAACAGAGUGAUAAUUUACGAUGUCCCAUAUGUCGUGUGUUCUGUCGGUCAGUUCAGUGCUUUGCAACACAUAGAAACUUGGCUGCAAACAACAACGCUAUUUGUAAGAAAAAAACUUGCGAUUUGCGAUUCUUGUUACAGAUAUGUAGACAAUGGGGACGAGCACAAGUGUAACGGUUUGAAAUGCAGCGUAUGCGGAGCGUGGGUUGACAAAUUUGACGAACAUAGUUGUUACAUGCAACCUUACAACCCCAAACAAAUGACCGACAAAUACAUAUUUUACGACUUUGAGUGUAUGCAAGAAACAGGUGUACACGUACCCAAUUACAUUUUUGCAACGACUUUAUACGGUCCAAAUUCCUGGGAAUUCAACGGAAAAACUUGCACGCAGGACUUUGUCCGCUUUUUUACCAACGGCAAGUUUUUGGGUUACACAUUCAUAGCCCAUAAUGCCGGUCGUUACGACGCUUAUUUUGUUGUACAGGAACUGAUCAAGGAAAAAUUUAAAAUUGAAGUUGUUAACCAAGGAGGGCGAUUAAUGUGUGUGUCCCUAAAAGAUUUAAAAAUGAGGUUCAUAGAUUCUUUGAAUUUCAUGCCGAUGAAACUCAGUAAGAUGCCUGAAGCUAUGGGUUUUUCGGGGUCCAAGGGUCAUUUCCCACAUUUCUUCAAUACAGAAGAAAAUCAAAAUUACAUAGGGCCGAUGCCGGACAUCCGGUAUUACGGCGUCUAUUACAUGAUGCCCGGGGAGAAAAAAGAAUUUGUGGAGUGGUACCAAAACCAUAAAAAUGACACCUUUCAUUUUCAGGCAGAACUAAAGACUUACUGUAAACAGGAUGUGGAGGUCUUGAGAAGGGCCUGUGAGUGUUACAGGGACACGAUUAUGGAUAUGACUAAAAAAACAGUGAAACAAUACUUUAAACGCGGCAAGAAAUGUAAACCUGGCAAGAAAUACAAAUUGGUCACUAAAUGCAUUGAUCCAUUCCAGCUCAUCACGCUGGCAUCUGUCUGCAUGUCCAUGUACCGGUUUAAAUUUCUUCCAGCAAAUACCGUGGCGAUUGUGCCCGCAGAUAUGUACCACAAGACCCAGAAACGAUUUUCCACACCUGCUAUUCAGUGGCUCAUGUUCUUAGAACACACAGAAGGCAUAACUAUUCAACAUGCCUUGAAGGGCGGUGAGAAGAAGGUGGGGAAAUACUUUUUGGACGGUUAUGCUUUAGUUAAUGGUUUACAAACCGCCUUUGAAUUUCAGGGUUGUUUUUACCACGGCUGUCCCGUGUGUUAUAACGAGCAUGACCGUAAUGAGCUUACUAAAUCCUCAUACGGUCAGCUGUAUCACUCUUUCUUAGUUAAGAAAAGUCACCUACAGAGAUGCGGCUUUACAGUCCGUGUCAUGUGGGAACACGAGUGGCGUGAAAUGGUCGCUAGUGAUGAAGGGGUCAAAGACUUUCUGUUUAAAAUGCAGUUUCCAGUACCUUUGGAACCUCGUGAUUCACUUUACGGUGGUCGAACCAACGCCAUCAAACUUUAUCACAAGGUGCAGCCCGGUGAAACGCUACAUUAUUACGAUUUCACUAGUUUAUACCCUUUCGUUAAUAAAACUAAAACGUAUCCAGUCGGUCACCCAGAAAUCAUUUUUGAUCAUUUUGGACACAUCAAAAAAUACUUCCGGAAAGAGUUUUUUUGUAAAACAAUUGUUGAUACACUCAGAUACGUUAAUGUCGCACAAACCUGAUAAUGUCAUUUGGUUUUAUGCAUGUUGGCAAAAAUUGUAUGAUGAUCUCAACAACCUAUUUACAAAUAUCAGGUUUAUCGAGGGGGUACCGCAAAAUUUUACAGACGACGAUCUAUUCCCGUCGGACAAGGUAAAUUUGGCAGUUGUUGAUGAUCUUAUGGAGGCGGCUUGUGAAAACCUUGAAAUACAAAACGCAUUCACCAAAUAUGUACACCACAGAAAUUUGAGCAUUAUGUAUCUCGUUCAAAACGUGUUUUGUCAGGGUAAGAAAAGCCGAACCAUAAAUUUAAACACUAAAUACAUGGUCCUGUUUAAGAACCCGCGUGAUAAAUUACAGGUUAUUACGCUGGCUCGGCAAAUGUACCCCGGUAAAACACGUUUCUUUUUAGAAGCUUUUGAAGAUGCCACGCAUCAGCCUUACGGAUAUCUACUCGUAGAUUUAAGAUCUGAUACACCCGAGGAACUGCGACUAAGAACCGGCUUGUUCCCGCCAGAUCUUCCGACGGCUUAUGUGUGCAAAAAGAAGCUCUAAAAAGUAAUUUUCUCAUCACAAAGGUCAUUCUUGGUAACAACGUUGUUACUGUAAAGAUGUCUAGCAGGAUCCGCCGUAAUUGGGAUCUUCUAAAGACGUUGGUUAAAACAAAACCGACGGUGCGAAAAUCCAUCUUACCCAACGCCAGUAAUGAUUUUAUUUCAGCUAUUGGUGAGAUCGCUCUUAACAUCCUUAAAGGAAAGAUUCCUCUUAGAGAACGUCAGAAAAAUAUACUUAAAAAGUGGCGUAGAGCUAUAAAGAAAUUAAGCGAUAAAACAUACUCCAUUAAGGGCAAGAAGCGCAUUGUGAACCAGAGCGGCGGUUUUAUAGGAGCGCUGUUGAGCUUUGCAAUCCCUUUAAUUACCAGUCUUAUAGCUAAUAGAACCGGUGGUUCGUAAUGGAGUACGCUGAGAAAAUGUUCUUGGUUUCCAAACAAGAAUUGGAUAGGUUAAAAAAACCUGUUGCGGAAACAACCGAUAUACGCCAAACCACUACACAACGUUUAGAUGGGGAAAUUAGCGAGAUACUUAACAGAAAUGAUCUUUCAGAUGAUGAAAAAAUUAAGAAAUACACAAACGUGUUACAGAGAUACCUAGCGCUCACCAAACAGAAAGAGAUGUCAACCUUAACUUUGAUUACACAACCGCAAACUGUUCAACAACAAUUGUCAAAUGAUUCUUCUACAGGCGAUGAUGUAAAAGAGAUACUCGACAAUGUAAAUAUAAGGUAUAGGAAAAACGCAGAACUUUUGCUGAAUAAACUGCUGCGGGCAGGCAACAAGAGCUCUUGGAACGCUAGGGGUGAAUUCAUUUACAAAGACCAAACCAUACCAGGGUCCAACAUUAUCGAUCUCAUUCGCACAGCGACACAGAGUCACGGCUUAAUUAAAGCUAAAGUACCUCGUGGUUGGGAUUUCUUCUUGGACACCAUAGCGGAGCUGAACGUACCCUCUACGGUAAUCGGUAAUACAAAAACAAGAGAACUUCUCGAUAAUUUAAAAAGGGGCGCGCAAGCUGAAUCUUUUGAAUCUAUUCACAGCCCUCUUGGUCGUUCGCUGUUCGCUACACCGGUGGGUGUGACGCGUGGAACUUUAUUACCUAAAAAGCGCACUAUGCCGAUGGCACAGAUGACUUGGUUAACGUUGUAAAUUUUACUUUGAUUGUAUAUAAAUAUAUCUAUCUUUGUAUGCUAUACCUUUUGAAUGUUGAUUUUUUUAAUAAAAACAUAAUUUUUUACUAAAAUGUAGUCCUCCUUUUUUAUAAGUUAUAUGUAUAGAUGCGAAUAAAUCAAUUAACUUGAAAAGAUAUAGUUGCAGACGUCUUUUGACAGCGUAGACCGUUAGACAUUCUUAGAAAAGGUGGUAAAAUUAUGGCAAAUGCUGAAAUAUUGAGAAAACAGUAUUACACACCAAAAGCGGCUGGAUCGUACGGCGGUGUCGAUGCCUUAUUCAGAGAAGCCAGGAAAUUUGGUGUAAGAAGAGACUCUGUAAAAAAUUGGCUAAACAAUGAGGACACUUACACGUUGUACAAACCGGUGAAAAAAUCAUUUAAAAGAAACAAAGUCCUUGUGUCUGAUAUAGACAGUCAGUGGCAGGCUGAUCUUGUGUCAAUGAUAGACUUUUCAAAAGAAAACAACGGUGUUAAAUACUUGAUAACUGUUAUUGAUAUUCUUUCAAAAUAUGCUUGGGUUUCUGGAAUUUUAAAUAAAUCGGGAACAACAGUAGCUGCCGCUUUCGAGCAGUUAUUUAGACUCAGCGGUCGGACCCCCAGAAAGCUUCAGACGGAUCGUGGUAGAGAGUUUAUAAACAAACCUAUGAGAAAACUUUGUGCCGACUUUAAAAUACAUCAUUUUUUAACUACAAAUACGGUCAAAGCUUCGUUAGUGGAACGUUUUAAUAGAACUCUGAAAACACGGAUGUGGCGUUAUCUUAGAGAGCAAAACACCUACAGAUACAUUGACAAGUUGCAAGACCUUGUGCAUAGUUAUAAUCACUCGUAUCACAGAUCUAUACGUUGUCGACCUGUUGAUGUGUCAAAAGAGAAUUCUUUGAUCAUUUGGAAAAAUAUUUACGGUGAUUACGCUGCUGUUAAGAAAGUUAAACCUUUACUGAAAAUAGGCGAUCACGUUAGAAUUGUACGCUAUAAGGGCCCAUUUACAAAGGGUUAUGAACAAACCUACACAGAUGAAAUAUUUACCAUCUACGCUAUAAACACUAAAGGGCUGAGGCCCCUUUAUAAGUUGAAAGACCUGUCUGACGAUCUCAUUGAAGGGUCCUUCUACGCUGAAGAGGUUCAAAAAGUCCCCCUCGAUAAGCAUCGCGUUUACAGGAUAGAAAAAAUUGUCAAAAAGAAGAAAGUUAGAGGAGACACUUUGUAUUUUGUAAAGUGGGUCGGUUAUCCCGAAAAGUUUAACUCUUGGGUAUCUGAAAAACAACUGUUGAGCUUGUAAACUAUGGAAGAUGAAUCGUUUUUUAUUACACUACCCUGCAACUCUUCAGCUAAGCUUUACCCCGACAACACCAUCGCUGACUACACCACAAAAUUAGCAAAAGCCGUCAAUCUACGAGGACCUUAUGAAGUGGCGUUAGUAGAGAUCCAGUACCCUCUCACAUGGAAUACCUUUGAGGCGGGAGAUGGUCUUUUUUACAUCUUGACAAAGGGUGAGCCUAUCAAGGAAUUUUUUGUCAAACCCGGUUAUUACAAUCACAUGAAUGAUCUGGUCAAAGCCGUUAAUAACAAACUUGAGUCUGGUAAAAUACCUCCCGAUCAACUGCGACUAAGAUACGACGAU